AUGGACCCGAGGCGACUGAACGAGUCCCUGCAGGAGCUGCUCUGCCGCCCCGGGAACGGUAGCGGCUCCGCCAACGGCACCGGGACCGGCCCCACCUGGAACGGCUCCGCCUGCGACCUCCUCCGCAGGGGCUUCCGGGGGCCGCCGGCGCCCAAAGAGCUGGACCUGACGGUGCGCGUCCUGCUGUACGCGCUGAUCUUCGUGCUGAGCGUCUGCGGGAACGCCCUGGUGGUGGCCGUGCUGCUCCUCAACCGCCGCCUGCGCACCGUCACCAACUCUUUCCUGCUGUCCCUGGCGCUCAGCGACCUGAUGCUGGCGCUCUGCUGCAUGCCCUUCACCCUCAUCCCCAAUCUCAUGGGCACCUUCAUCUUCGGAGAGGCCGUCUGCAAGCUGAUGGCCUACCUGAUGGGCGUCUCCGUCUCGGUCUCCACCUUCAGCCUGGUGGCCAUCGCCAUCGAGCGGUACAGCGCCAUCUGCAACCCGCUGCAGUCCCGCGUGUGGCAGACGCGCUCGCACGCCUGCCGGGUGAUCGCCAGCACCUGGCUCUUCUCAGCGCUGCUCAUGUUGCCCUACGCUGUGUACAGCACCACGCGGCUGCUGCCCGUGCCCGGCGCCCGCCCGCCCCUCAGCCAGUGCACUCACGCCUGGCCCAGCGAGCACGUGAGGCAGGCAUGGUACGUCCUGCUGCUCCUCGUCCUCUUCUUCAUUCCGGGCGUGGUGAUGAUCGUGGCUUACGGGCUCAUCUCCCGCGAGCUGUACCGAGGGAUCCGCUUUGAGCUGGACAUCAAGGGGGAAGCAGCAGCCCAGCGCAGCACAGACCCACUGCCCGCCUGUGACGAGGGUGACGGCUGCUACCUGCAGCUCUCCCGGCCGGGCGCUGCGCUGGAGCUGCGGGCGCUGGGAGCGGCGGGGGCGCAGCAGGAGCGGGCGCGCAUCAACAGCUCGGAGGCGAAGCUGGUGGCCAAGCGGCGCGUGAUCCGCAUGCUGGUGGUCAUCGUGGCCAUGUUCUUCCUCUGCUGGCUGCCCAUCUUCGCGGCCAACACGUGGCGUGCCUUCGCUCCGCGGGCGGCGCAGCGCGCGCUCUCGGGAACGCCCAUCUCCUUCAUCCACCUGCUGUCCUACACCUCGGCCUGCGCCAACCCGCUCAUCUACUGCUUCAUGAACCGCCGCUUCCGCGCCGCCUUCCUGGGCACCUGCGCCGGCUGCCGCCGCUCCUGCCCGCGCCGCGCGCCCGACGAGGACGUGGCCAACGCCAACGCGUCGCUCUCCAAGUUCAGCUACACCACCGUCAGCAGCCUCGGCCCCCCCUGA